CUCUCCUGCCCGUUUCAUCCAUCCAGGUCAUACUCCGCUGCAGUGACUCGGCACACAGCUUGCACUUUUGUAGCCAGUACUUGUUUUAUUUUUCUGGACGUGGGGGGGGGGGUGGGAUACAGACUCAAUCUCCUGAGGCAAGCCGGCAGACAAGCACCGUUGCUCAGCCAUGGGAGCAGAAAGCUCAGCCCAGCGGGACGUUGCCCGGAACAGAGAGGAGGAGGAUGCUUCAAUCUCGGUUGAGGGAGAGGGAGGCGCCAUCCUCGAUAGCAAGUCCCUGCACAAGAAUGGACAAAUCUCCAGCCUGACCAGUCUGAUUGGACACUCGGAGGACAACACACUGGCAGAAGUUGGCCAGCCAGAUGGUGUGUCUGUGGCUCAGAAGGAGGACACCUCGGAGACCAUGGACACCAUCGCGGACGAGCAGGCUUCUCAGGUAAACGGUGAGAAAACAGAGAAGGAGUCGCCUGACAACAUCACUCCCGUUGAGGAGAAGGCAGCGGAGGAGAAGCCCAACGAGACAGGCGAAGUGGGCUUCAAGAAGAUCUUCCGCUUCGUGGGCUUUAAGUUCACCCUGAAGAAGGAUAAGAGCGAGGAGAAAGAGCCGGUGAAGCUGCUGACUGUGAAGGACAAGGACGGAGAUGCGGUCAAUGGAAUCGAUGAGGCAGGAGAGAACGGGAUCACGGAAAAGGCAACCAACACUGAGGCUGAGCUCACUGAAGAUGCUAAAAAUGUUGAAAGCCCAGAUGAUCCUGGUGAUGUCACCGAGACCUCAGAUGAAGCCGACAAGGAUGAAGGCGCCGAGAAAGAGGACGAGGCCAGUCCGCCGCCCCAGGAGGCUGCCUUGUCCCCCUUCAGGAAGCUGUUCAGUACCAACCUCUUCUCAAAUCUGCGAAAGAAGUCCAGCAUCAAGAGGACCAAAGAGGAGGAAGGCAAGGAGGUAGCUGGUGAGGAUGAAGCUGCUAAGCUAGAAGAAGCAGAAGAAAGCAAGGAGGACGGAGCGAGCACUCAAAAGAAAGAACAAGCCGAAGAGGAAGCCCCAGCAUCACCCGACAAAAUGAAACCCGAACCGAGCUCGGAGACUGACGUCACCGUCGAUAGCCCUACGUCUGAUGAGACGAAGCCAGAAGAGGAAAGAGCAGAAGAAAAGAAAGCUGCAGCAGAGGUGACGUCUGAUUCUGAACUUACGGCUUCGCAAGAGAAGGCAAAACCCCAAGGAAGCCCUCUAAAGAAGCUUUUCACUGGUGCUGGCUUGAAGAAACUCUCCACUAAGAGCAAGAAGAACAAGAAAGAUACUGAGGUGAAACUGACAGAGUCUGGGGAGCAAGCAGGAGAACUUCAGUCUUCUGUGGAAUCCACAGAAGCGGCAAAAGCUGACAGUGGGCCCUCAUCUCCAGAGAAAUCAGGAGAACAUGUUGCUGAAGCUGAGGCGGCGCAGUCCGACUCCACACAGGAACCCGAAGGUGAAGUUGUCUCUGAUGGAGAGAAGAAGAAGGAGGGAAUCGUGGCCUGGUCUUCCUUCAAGAAACUCGUGACACCCAAGAAGCGUGUGAAACGAUCUUCUGAGAGCGACGAUGAGAUCCCAAGUGAGAAAGCGGCAAAGUCAGCGACCUUGUCGUCUUCUGAAAGUGCUCCGUUGGCAAAUGAGAGUGCGGAGGAGGAAGCCAAAGAGGACAAACCUUCCGAGGAUGAGAGCAAAGCUGAAAAUACUGAAGAGAAGCUGGUGAGCAGCACAGAGGAACCCAAAAAGAAGAUGGACACAUCAGUCUCAUGGGAAGCUCUGAUGUGUAUGGGAGGGCCCAAAAAGAGGACCAGGAAGACUUCUGAUUCUGACGAUGAGGAAACCAAGAUUGAAGAGGAGAGUCACGUGACCGCCGGAGAACAGGACAAGCAGGAGGACAAGACCGAAGCAGCUGCUGCAAACUUUCAAAGUGACGAAGAAGGCGCUUCCUCCCCAGAACCUCUGAGUAGCCCACCUGAGAGGGAGUCGACCUGGGAUACGCUGAAACGCAUGGUCAUGCCAAAAAGUAAGUCCAAAACUGAAGAGAAGACAGAAGAACAAGUUCAGCCAGAAAGCGAAGCGCCAAAGGAGGAGUCGUCAUUCUCUCUGAAGAAGUUCUUCCCUGGUCUCAGAAAGAAGAAAACUGAAAAACAAGCGUCCACCGAGAGCGAGGAGGACUCCGACACCCCGGCUGUCGUUCCUCUCUCUGAGUAUGACGCACAGCAGGAGGUCAUCCAGGAACAAGCAGCAGAGGAAACCGCGGCUCCGGCUCAAACGUCCUUGGAUGAAAGAUCUCCAUCUUGGAUCGCGGCCAUGGUGGAGUGCGGCGAUGACAAGCACGACGAGCUGAGCGACAUCACCGAAGAAGCAGAGAACAUCGCCACGCCCAAGUCCGUUGACACUGGCAAUUUGGAGGAUGACGCCGAGGAGCACGUCGGACGGAGGUUGUCGGUAGUCGAAGUUGCUCAAACUCCUCCUUCAGAAACCACCAGCGGUGAGCCCGACAGACCCCAGGAUGAAAACGCUCAGCAGUUUGUGGCAGCCAUUAAGGCCCAAAUAAGUGAAGUUCCACCCAUGACAUCUGUGAUCUGCGAGGACGCAUCAGUUGAGAUUGCCUCUGAAGAAUCCGAACCAGCUUUGGAGCAAGCUGAUUCCAAAUCUCUCCGUCUGUUGGCCCCACAUACCCAAACUGAGACCACAGCCAUCUGCAUUGGCAUGGAAACCAAGGAGAUUGACGAAGUCGCUCUGGAGGAACCUGCGACUGAGAUCACAGAGGGCCUUCCCGUCAUUACCGACGCCCACAGCACCGAGGUCUUAGAAGAAGAGGAGGUGGUAAAAAUGGAGGAGGCCGUUGUCACGGAAGAAGCACUGCUGAGCGCCCAAGUUCAAGUGAGAACCGUCGAGGUCGAGCUGGCCCAAAGCUCACCGAGCGAAGCAUUGGAGGUUCAAACCGCAGAGGAGAGCUGCGAACCCGCGUCGACGACGGUCGCUGUCGUCAACUCUUUGCUGGAGCCACAAGUUGCGGAGGCCAUCGCGAAAAUGGCCGACGACGCUCCGAUCGUUGCCGUUACACCAACGUUGGAAAUCGCCGCGUCUCUGCAAAACGGAGACGUCACCGAGCCGAGCGUGCAGAUCAAGGAAGGAGAACUCCCCUGUGAAACGGUCGCCUCGAGUGAGCAGGUUUGCGUCAUCUCCGAAUCCGUCGUCCUGGUCAGCCCGGCCCUUGCGAACCAAGUGUCGACCUCCGACGUGUUUGAGCCAGAAGAUGUCACAGAAACCAACAGCGAUAAAGAGAUCUCCAGUCAAAUUGAAGCCCAGAGCUUGGUCAUCGCCAAGUCCGUCAUUCAGGAUGCUGUGGAGAAAGUUUCAGAACAGCCCAAGACCCCAGUGUCCUCCACAACACCAGUCCAGGCAGUGAUAACCACAGAAGAGGAGAUCUUGGCGGAGGUCCCGGUUAUCACCGACACCCCUACCCCCAUCAUCAAAGACGAACCGGCAGAGAAACCUCUUUUCGUCGCCACGGAAUGCGAAACAGUUCCCGUUGAGGUGGUGGCGAUCCUCAACGGUUCUGCAGUGGAGAACGGAGAAUUUGAGAAAGGCUUGAAGAAAGCUGUGGAGGUCAUUGCAAGUGAAGAAUCUGAGGAAGAAAUGGUGGAGAUCAUUGGCGAGAGUCAGAAGAAACUGGAAGCUGUGAAGGAGGAGAUGGAAGAAGACAAACCGCAAUCGGAGAAGGAGAUCCGCAUGCCGGUCCAGGUGGUCCUGCAGACCGCGCAGGUGAUCGAGGAGGAGUCUAUCAAAGAGGAGUUGGUGGAGGAAUUCGGCAGCAACGGCACUGUGGACGGCAGAAGAGACCGGCCGGCGAGCGAGCAGUCGGAAAGUCUCCCGGCGUCGUCAAACUGUGCCGAGGUGAUGGCGCAGGUGAUGGAGGUCAUUGAAGAGGCGGUGAAGGAGAUCCAGCCCGCGUCCACAGAGAUUACACCGGUGUCGUGAACAGGAUGAGACUGAUGACGAGGAUGAAACAGAGGAUGAUGCUUGGUUAGGACUACCCACUGACACGCUGGGCCCCUUCCUGCCCCGAGACAGACUGGGUCGCCAAGCUUCCUGUCCAAUGCCCAUACAACCCCCCACAACCCUGCAUCCAGCCAUGGACGAAUGUUUACCUGUGUGUGUGUGCGUGCGCAUGUGUGUGUCUGAUGUAUAGACCUCAAGACAAAAUCAAAAGGUAAACAGAUUGUAUAUUGUAUUUAUAUCACGAGUAUUCUUCCAAUCAUCCUUUAUUUUUUCUUGUUGAGCCCUGUUUCUUCUGUUUUAUUUCCUUCGUCACACGUAAAAAAUAUUUUUAAGAAUGCCAGAAGCAACACGUCAUUACUAAAGCUAACUGUUUCAUACAGCAAGACGUAUUAUUGUUAUUCAAAUAUUUUGUAGCUGCCAUGGUACAAACUGUGAUUUCUAUUGUCAGUAAAAUAAAAUUGGAGUAAAUUUCCUCAUAUUCCACAUAUCUACAUAAAACAUUUGGUGCCUAUUUUACUGUAAAAUAACCUUUUCACUUAUCUGUCUGAAAAAACGAGUUGGGGGGGUUGUUAAAGGUGCAUUAAUUUAUGAAUGCAAGCUGCUUUGGACCACGAAUCACAAGAGUCUGGAGGUUGCUUAAUAAAAAAAAAUUCCCAAUACAUUUGGUUCAGUUGUAUCAAUGACUGACACCAGCAAGCUUUAUGACCAAAUGAGAAAAAAAAAAAACAAUUUUCGCUUCUUUGUACAUAAACAUUUUCUCCGAAACUCCUUUUUGCCCUCUCAGUCACCUUUGUCUUCACUGUGAGCCUGUUAACGUUUGUACAGAGGAUGUGUAUACCCGACUUGUAUGAACUGACAAGGCCUCUUGUUAUAACAACUAAUAUACUUCAUUCUCCCUAAUAUUCACAUAAGCAUGGUUUUAACUGUCUUUUUUUUUUUUGUAUUUUCCAAGUUGUUAAUAGUAAGGAUACACAAACGUGUCUAUAUUUCAUUCAAUAAAGUUUAGAGGGUGGAGGUAAA